UAAUCUUUCCUACAAAAUGUAAAAAAAUGUGUAACAAAAAUUGCUAUAUGUAAUAUUAUAUUGAUAAAUAGAAAAUUUCCAAAUUUAUCCGAAAAAUAAAUAGAACCUUUACUAUACAACCUCCAACUCCAAUUCCAAUAGAUAAACAGUCUUAAACCCUAAGAGCACCCAAACACGAAAGCUGCAACAUCGAACGACAUCAAUCUUCCCUUUGUUGCUUUCGCUCUCGCUCUAUAGCAAUUAUGAGACCUCCCCACAUAGGUAAGAACACUAAAGCCUUUUAUUUUUUUACUUGUUCUCUGUUUAAUUCGACCUAAAGUAUAGCGUUUUGUUUGUUAACUCCAAAUUAGUUUUAUCAGUUAUCACAAUAUCUCUAGCUGAAUUUCUUGUUACGUAAACUGUUUUGAGUCUUCACUGCUUCAAUCCAAGUCUAAUGGGAGAUUUAAUAAUACUCUCUUCUGAGUUCUGAUUUCGGUUUUAUGUAUAUAAUUAUGCCAUCAGGACGUGGUGGUGGUGGUAGUGGAAGAGGUUUAGCCAGAGGCGGUGAAGGAGGUGCCAUAAGAGGCCGUGGCAGAGGCCGAGAAAGUGGCCCUGGAAGAGUAAAAAGCCGUGAAAGUGAAUCCGGAGGAAUUAAGGGAGGAAGCAAAGUGUUAGUGACACCACACAGGCACGCAGGAGUGUUUGUUGCCAAAAGUAAAGCAGAUGCUCUUGUCACCAAGAACUUAGUUCCUGGUGAAAUCAUUUACAAUGAGAAGAGAAUCUUUGUUCAGAACGAAGACCGAUCUACAGUUGAAUACAGAGUUUGGAACCCUCAUAGGUCUAAGUUAGCUGAUGCUAUUACCACUGGUGUUGAUAACAUUUGGAUCAAACCUGGUGUUAACGUUCUUUACCUUGGUGCUUCUUCCGGAUACACUGUAUCUCAUAUCUCUGACAUUGUUGGUCCUGAGGGAUGUGUUUACGCUGUUGAGCAUUCUCAUAUAUGUGGUAAAGUUUUGAUGAACAUGGCGGAGAAGAGAACUAAUGUUAUACCAAUCAUUGAAGAUGCUAGACAUCCUGCCAAGUACAGAAUGCUUGUGGGAAUGGUUGAUGUCAUAUUCUCUGAUGUUAAUCAACCAGAUCAAUCUAAGAUAUUGGGUCUCAAUGCUUCUUAUUUCCUCAAAUCUGGAGGUCACUUUAUGAUCUCUAUAAAGGCAAAUUCUAUAGACUCAACAAUUGCAGCAGAAACAGUGUAUCAGAUGGAAGUGGAGAAGCUGCAAAUGGAAGAGUUGAGACCAACAGAGAUAUUGCAUAUUGACUCUUGUGAGGAAAAGCAUGCUUGUGUUUUUGGUGGAUAUCGCUUGCCUAGGAAGCAAAAAGCUGAUACUGCUGUUUAAUUAGGAAUCCAACCUCUAUACUUAGUUUGUGAUUAUUAUAAGAUUUUUCAUAUACAUUCAUGACGCUUUAUUUAUUAAAAAAAAAAGUUAUUUGGUUUUCACUGAUUUGUCUUCUAACUAGUAUGAGUUUUAAGAAGUGGAGUUUUGCUAGA